AUGUCGGCGAAGCCCACGAGCAAGACAUUCGGAAAGUCGACCCGAGAGGUUCCUGCCUCUUCGGAGAAGGCUAAGAAGUGGUACCCCGCUGACGACGAUGCCGAGAACAAGAAGGUCCGCAAGGCUGUCCGAUCUUGGGCCCCUCGCAAGUCCCUCCAGCCCGGCACUGUCCUCAUCCUCCUCGCUGGCCGCUUCCGUGGCAAGCGUGUCAUUCUCCUGAAGUCCCUCGACCAGGGUGUCCUCCUCGUCACCGGCCCCUUCAAGAUCAACGGUGUUCCUCUGCGACGAGUUAACUCCCGAUACGUCAUCGCUACCUCCUACAAGGUCGACAUCUCCGGUCUCGACGAGAAGAAGAUCGAGGAGGUCUCUCAGCCCAAGUACUUCACCGCUGAGAAGGCCAAGGAGAAGGCUGGUGAGGAGGCUUUCUUCAAGCAGGGAGAGAAGCCCCAGAAGAAGGAGGUCAACAGCAGCCGUGCCGCCGACCAGAAGGCCAUCGACAAGGCUCUGAUUGCCAACAUCAAGAAGGUUGACAUGCUGGCUUCUUACCUCUCCAGCUCUUUCAGCUUGAGGAAGGGUGACAAGCCCCACGAGAUGGCCUGGUAA